AUGGAAAAACCCAGUAUUUUCCCGAAGUUUCUUUCUAAGAAUAUGGACCACUCUGCCUUAACAGGAUCCUCUCUUGAAACCAGUGUUUGCAUGUUCCAACAAUUAAAAACUGCUCUUAUAAAAUGGAAAGAUCCUGACAACUUAUUUAAAAUGUCUAAUCGAAAAUCAAUACAAAAAUUUGAUGUCUCCGAUGCCCAGUUGGUCCCAUCAAAAGAUGAAAUGGCCAUUACGUCGGAAAUAUCUCCUGCCUUUAUAAUGACUGCUUUGCUGAAGGCUAUUUGUGAGAGAGAAGCAAAAGAUCCCAAAGUCUUUGAACAUAUUACCAGAUUGCUUUGUGCCAAGAAAGUGAUCCCUGAUUGGAUUAUGAAAUCGGACUUUGCCAGCAGAAAAGAUAUAUUAAGCUACUUGCAACAAUUAUACCUUGGUAACCUAAAAAAUUUCCCUUGUGCAAAGACUAAAGAGCGGUAUACUGAAGAAUAUGAAGAAAUUAAGUUACUUGGUGAAGGUGGUUUUGCAUCUGUCUAUAAAGCCCUCAAUAAAAUUGAUGGCAGAUAUUAUGCAAUUAAGAAGAUUUCUGUUCGUGGUUUUCCAGACUCUGUCUCAAAAAUUUACAAUGAAGUCAAAACCCUUGCUGGUUUGGAAAAUCCAUGUAUUGUGAGAUAUUACUCAGCAUGGAUUGAAACUUGCACUCCUGAAAAUAAUUUACCUUCUGGCUCAACUCCAACUGAAACAAAUACUUCCAAAAUCAAAGAAUUAAUUGAUGAUGACAUAUUUGAUAGAAAUGGCGAUACGUGUUUACUUGCUGGAGAAAAAGAUUUAUCAGUGUACAGUGAUAAAACUAAUGACGGCAAUAGUGUAUCACCAUCACAGGACAAGUACCCUCUAGGCCCAAAUAUCUUGACAGAAAGUGAUGCUAAAUCUCCUUCAGAAAUUUCCAUGAUUCUAUGUACGACAAAUGGAUCAAAUAGUCCAACUUUUGCUGACAAAAAUCAAAACCUGUCCACUUUAUUUAUUCAAAUGGAAUUGUGCAAAGAGACUUUACAUGAAUGGCUGCAGAAAAGAAAUUCUUCAGAAUUCUCAAACAGAAUCAUUACUGAUUCCAGAAACUGGACCAUCUUCCAGGAAAUGUUAAAAGGUGUUGUUUGUAUCCAUGAAGCAGGAAUAAUCCAUCGAGACUUGAAGCCUAGUAAUAUUUUCCUGACAGAUAAAAUGAAGGUCAAGAUUGGAGACUUUGGUUUGGCAACCAGCAUCCCGCAAAUAGAAGGGAAUUUAGAUCUGGAAGGAAAUGUGACGACACCUCUCUCAAAAGGUGUAGGUACUGCAAUGUAUUCAGCUCCAGAACAGAAAACAGGAUGCAAUUAUGAUAAUAAAAGUGACAUCUACAGCCUUGGAUUGAUUCUCUAUGAAAUGUAUCAUCCUUUUUAUACUGACUUUGAAAAAGUGAAAUUAUUUGAAGAGUUGACAAAAAAUAGAAAAAUUAGUGAAUUUGUCAUGAAGAACUUUCCUGAGAAAGUAAAUUUAAUUCUGGCCAUGACUGAUUCAGACCCGACAAAACGACCAACAGCGAAAGAUGUGCUGGAGCAGGUGCAACCGCCUUCAAUAGAAGAAAUCGUAACAAAUUACGAAAAACUAAUGGCAGAAGGUAAAGCAGAAUUAGAAAAACUCAAGCAGAACAUGGAGGAGGAGAAUAGAUUUUUCUCUUCUUCCUGCCUAUACUUUUCCAUUUGCUUCUCCUCUGUCUGCCUAUACUUUUCCAUUUGCCCCUCCUCUGUCUGCCUAUUCUUUUCCUUCUUCUCCCUUCUUGUUCCCUCUCUGCCUUUUCUUCUUGUUCCCUCUCUGCCUUUUCUUCUUCUGCUUUUCUUCUUUACAAUAUUCAAAUAUCAUGAAAACCUACUUAAAGAACUAAUUUUUCUGUAUCGCUUUGUGUCUUCAUUUUCUCAUGAACUGUUAAGAAUGAUUAUCCCUGAAUUUGUUUUUUUCAUUUUCUUUACUUUCUUUUUUUCUUUCUCCUUUUUCUUUUUGUUUAUUUUACUUUUCUUCAUUUUCUUUUUGUUUUUCUUUCCUUUUAUUUUUUUUUAUUCAUCUUCCUUUUCUUUCAGUUUUCUUUUUUCCCCUCUUAUGUUUUCAAUUUUUUCCUCUUUUUUUUUACUUGUUCCAUGA